AUGAGGAUUGGUUUGGCCAACCAACAUAGAGGUCUCUAUCAUCUAGCCACCACAAACUCUCCUUCCUUUGCAGAACCAUCUCCUUCACAUCAAGCUGCCACCAUUUACAACUUCAAUCCACAUCAAGUCAAUCUUUGGCACUGGCAUUUAGGUCACCCUAGUAGAGAUAGAUACUUGCUUGUCAAGAAUAACAACUCCAUUGUAACCAGUGAUCUUGUUCUUCACUGUGAUAUCUGUCAUCUGUCUAAACAAAAACGCCUUUCUUUUCCUCUUAGUGAUCAUUCUGCCAGUGAACCCUUUGCUCUAAUUCAUGUGGAUAUUUGGGGCCCCUUGUCUGUGAAAUCUUAUGAUGGUUUUAGUUACUUUUUGACAAUUGUGGAUGACUAUACACGUGCUGUCUGGGUGUAUCUUAUGCAUUCUAAGGCUGAAACUAGAGAACUGUUGCAAGGCUUCUGCCAGCUUGUGAAUACUCAGUUUGCAAAACAGGUUAAAACAAUAAGGAGUGGUCAGGGUAAAGAGUUCCAUAUGACUGAGUUUUACAGAAUUCAUGGCAUUGAGCAUCAGACUUCAUGUGUUGAAACUCCCCAACAAAAUGGCAGGGUUGAGAGGAAGCAUCAGCACAUUCUUAAUGUGGCUAGAGCUCUUCGUUUUCAGUCAGGCAUUCCUUUGAAAUUCUGGAGUGACUGCAUACUCCAUUCAGUUUAUCUAAUCAAUCGAAUGCCCACUCCUCUACUUCAAAACAAGUCCCCCUUUGAAAUGCUCUUUAACAGACCUCCCUUACUACAAAACUUGCGUGUGUUUGGCUGCCUUUCCUAUGCUACUACCCUUCCCCAAGGCAGAACCAAAUUUCAGCCUCGUGCUCGCCAAUCAAUCUUCCUUGGCUUUCCUUCUGGUGUCAAAGGCUAUAAGCUAUUUGACUUACAUGAUCAUCAUGUUUUCAUCUCUCGAAAUGUCACCUUUUAUGAGGACAUUUUACCUUUUAAGACAAUUCCAGAUUCUCCUCCUCCUCUUUCUACAAUUCCUCAUUCUUCCCCUCUUUUAGCACCUCAUUCCAUACCUACUCCAAUACCUAACACUUCAGACAAUCUGACCUCCAGGGGGGCACAUCCAGUACCUGCUGCUGAUGAUGUCCAGAUUGCACAUGACACCAAUUCAUGUCCUGAUGAUCAGGAUAAUGUAGAUGUGCAUUUAUCAGGUUUUAAUGAUGGAGAGAAUGUUGAAGAACAACUAGAACUGGAAGUUCAGGCAGAAUAUGAAGGAAGACCAAUCAGGGUCAAUAGGGGCAAGUUACCUGCAAAACUGGAUGAUUACUAUGUUGGAUCAGUGAGCAGAUAUCCCAUGAGUGACUACUUGGGAUAUGAUCAACUUGCACCUAAGGAUAAACACUAUGCACUCAGUCUUAUUGCUGAAGUUGAACCUUCUUCCUACCAGGAAGCUGCUAAGUCAGAAGUAUGGAACAAGGCCAUGAAUGAAGAAAGAGAAGCCCUGGAACUGAAUCAGACUUGGGAAGUGGUUCCUCUACCUAAGGGGAAACGAGCAAUAGGAUGUAAAUGGGUGUAUACAAUCAAAAUGAGGCCUGAUGGAAGGAUUGAGAGGCGUAAAGCACGGUUAGUUGCAAAAGGUUUUACACAAAUACAUGGAAUUGAUUUCUUAGAUACUUAUUCACCUGUGGCAAAGAUCAAUUCUGUGAAAGCUUUGUUAGCUGUGGCAGCAAGUAAAGGUUGGGUACUUGAACAAAUGGAUGUCUCCAAUGCAUUUCUGCAUGGAGAUUUAGAAGAAGAAGUUCAUAUGCAAUUACCUCCUGGUGAUCCUAGAGCUGGCAGCAAGGAUAACUUGGUGUGUAAGUUGAAAAAGUCACUUUAUGGACUUAAGCAGGCAAGUAGGCAAUGGUUUGCCAAACUUACCAGUUCACUUCUGCAGCAUGGAUUUUCACAGUCUGCUUCAGACUAUUCUCUAUUUACUAAAUGGGUUCAUGGUAGAAUUGUUGUGUUGCUAGUGUAUGUUGAUGAUAUAAUCCUUGGAGGUGCAGAUAAGAAGGAUAUAGAGGAAGUGAAACUGUUUCUGAGCAGGCAGUUUAAAAUCAAGGAUUUGGGAAGUUUGAAGUACUUCCUUGGGUUGGAAAUCACUAGGAACAGUGAAGGCAUUGCAGUAUGUCAAAGAAAAUACUGCUUGGAUCUCUUGGAAGAUACUGGUUAUUUGGAUGCUAAAGAUUGCAAAUCACCACUGGACCCUAAAGUUAAGCUGAAGGCUAAGCAAGUUAAGCCUCUUGAUGAUCCUGAAGUCUACAGAAGAUUGAUUGGUAGGUUACAUUACCUCACCACAACUAGACCAGACUUAACGUUUCCAAUGCAGCAGUUAAGUCAGUUUCAGAAAGAACCAUACACAGAUCAUUUACAGGCUGCUUUCAGAGUUCUUAGAUACAUCAAGGGAUCACCUGGACAAGGUAUUUUCUUCAAGGCAGAACCUACUCUAAGGUUGAUUGGUUAUAGUGACUCGGAUUGGGCUAGCUGCCCUGAUUCUAGAAGAUCCAUUACUGGAUACUGCACAUUCCUGGGAAGCUCUCUCAUUACAUGGAAAUCAAAGAAACAAACUACUGUCUCAAGGUCCUCUUCUGAGGCUGAGUACAGGGCACUUGCACAUCUUGGAUGUGAGGUUCAAUGGUUGAAAAAUUUGCUUGCUAAAUUAAGUGUAGAAGUUGUGCUACCUAUCUCAGUGUUCUGUGACAAUAGAUCUGCUAUUCACAUAGCAGAGAACCCUGUGUUUCAUGAAAGGACUAAACACAUUGAGAUUGAUGUUCAUGUGAUAAGGGAGCGGGUUAAAGCAGGUUUGAUUAAGCUGUUUUAUGUUAAGACUGAAGAUUAG